CCCUCCCUGCCGGGCGGGCGCGAUGGCGGAAGCUGCGGCGACGGGCGCCAGCGGGGAGGCGGCGGCGGAAGGCUGCUCGGGCCCGGCGGGCUGGUCUCUGAGCGGGGGUUUCUCGAGCUACCGGCCCUUCGAGCCCCAGGCGUUGGGCCUCAGCCCGAGCUGGCGGUUGACGGGCUUCUCCGGCAUGAAGGGCUGAGGCUGUAAGGUCCCCCAGGAGACGCUGCUCAAACUCCUGGAGGGACUGAAGCGGCCAGACUUGCGGCCCCCGCUGGGCCGGGGCCUGGUCGGAGGCCAGGAAGAGGCGGCACAGGAAGCCGGCCUGCCAGCCGUGCCGGGCCCCAGCCCGCCCUUCCCAGCCCUGGGCAUUGGGAUGGACUCCUGCGUCAUCCCCCUGAGACAUGGGGGCCUGUCACUGGUGCAGACCACGGACUUCUUUUACCCCUUGGUGGAAGACCCCUACAUGAUGGGGCGCAUAGCCUGUGCCAACGUGCUGAGCGACCUCUAUGCCAUGGGCAUUACUGAAUGUGACAACAUGUUGAUGUUACUCAGCGUCAGCCAGAGUAUGAGUGACGAGGAGCGAGAGAAAGUAACACCACUCAUGAUCAAAGGCUUUCGAGAUGCGGCUGAGGAAGGAGGGACUGCGGUGACUGGUGGACAAACGGUGGUCAACCCUUGGAUUAUCGUCGGUGGAGUUGCCACUGUGGUAUGUCAACCAAAUGAAUUCAUAAUGCCCGACAGUGCAGUUGUUGGGGAUGUGCUCGUGUUAACCAAACCCUUAGGAACCCAAGUUGCUGUCAAUGCCCACCAAUGGCUGGAUAAUCCUGAAAGGUGGAAUAAGAUAAAGAUGGUGGUUUCCAGAGAAGAGGUAGAGCUGGCCUAUCAGGAAGCUAUGUUCAAUAUGGCUACCCUAAACAGAACUGCUGCUGGAUUAAUGCACACUUUUAAUGCCCACGCGGCCACAGAUAUCACAGGCUUUGGCAUUCUAGGACACUCUCAGAACCUUGCCAAACAACAAAGAAAUGACGUGUCCUUUGUCAUUCAUAAUCUGCCAAUCAUUGCCAAGAUGGUUGCCAUCAGCAAGGCUAGUGGGCGGUUUGGACUUCUUCAGGGAACCUCUGCUGAAACCUCUGGGGGAUUACUGAUUUGUCUACCAAGAGAACAGGCGGCUCGCUUUUGUUCUGAAAUCAAAUCUUCCAAGUAUGGGGAGGGUCACCAGGCAUGGAUCGUCGGCAUUGUGGAAAAGGGAAACCGGACGGCCCGAAUCAUUGACAAGCCUCGAGUUAUUGAGGUCCUACCUCGUGGGGCCACUGCUGCGGCUCUUGUUCCUGACAAUUCCAAUGCUUCCUCUGAGCCUAGCUCAUGAGGUGGAAUAGCACAAAUUGUUUGGCCCUUAGAGCCUUUGUACAAGAUCAUGAACAAUUCUCAAGAGUUGAUUUUAAGAAAUUUCCAAAGAAGGCUGCCUGCAUAGUGGUACCAGCUGCUGUUUGUAGGUGAUUUGAAUCAGCCCAUCAAAAACUGAGUCUAUGCACAUUCUGAGGCCAGAACUAACUUUUGAACUUUGAGAGAAUGUUUAUUCAUCUCUUGAGCAGGAGUGGAAAAACCUCUGUUUCCUCCUUCCAAAGCAAGAUGAGGCUAUUCCAGUUGGAAGGAUUUUUCUUUGCACUGAGUUGAUUAAUUUCUGCACAGGGAGUGAGAUUACUUAUUAAGGUUACAUUACACACACCAAAAAAAAAAAAAAUUGCAAAAUGAAAAAACUUUAUAUCAGAGGCAAAUGAGUUUGGACCAAUACUGUUGAUAAUAUAAAUUGUUAAGAGAGCUCUUAUAAUGCUUGUCAAAUUCUUUAUUAGAUUUUUCCAAAGUACUGGUUCUUUCCCGCUAUGGACAAGAAUUGAGCAGCUUGUCCAAUGACUGGGAAAGGAGGACCUGCAACCAUCUGACUUGGUCUCUGUUAAUGAUGUCUCUUUCUCUAAACCCCAUAAGGACUGGAAGAGGCAGAGUAAGCCCCAGAGCCCAGGUCUUGGUGUUUAUUAAGAUGUUAAGUCUUGUGCUGAAAAUUCCUGGUGAUUUAAUAAAUAAAGAGUAAUUUCUAGCUAAAUAAAUAAAAGGGACUUUAUUGAAAAACU